UGUGUAGACUCUGUCAUCAAACCGCUUUCUUGUUUAAUCUGUGGACUUGGCUUUGGAAGAAAGGACUCUCUUGUCGCUCACACUCGGAAAUGUGCCGUAAAGCACGAAAAGCAACAGCCAAAGACGCUGGACGUUGAGCGCACCAGCCUGGAGCUGGACCUCGCGACGACCUCGAGCAGCGUCCCUCUUCCUUCGUCAGCGAUACUGCCGUCCGUGGUGGGCGCAUGGGACACACCGCUGUCGUUUUUACCGACGUUUGAGUAUAGCUGCUCGCUGGAGACUUAUUCGCCUCAGAUGCACUCGAACUUGAUGGCUGCGGUAUAUUCGCAGAUAAGCACGGCUGGGCAAACGCUGGACGUCAGCGCGGACACGUUUUAUCGGUAUUUGCAGACAUAUCAGCAAUAUCCCGGAUACCAGCAGCCGAUCUUACACCACACUCUAUUUUCCUCGUACGCUCAUCUCAAAGAUUUCGAGACGGCUACCGACCACGUCGAGAGAUGCGUUGUGCUUCUCUUUUGCGCGGCGAUCGGCGCGAUAUACUGCUCUGAGCCCACCACUGCGCGCAAGAUGCGCGACGUCGCUAAAACGGCUCUCGCCCAACUGCUAGGGCAGAAUAGCUUCAAAUGGGAGAAAGCGGAGGAUGUCGAAAGUGUUUUGCACGUUCUGCAGGCCAGGCUGCUGUGUGCUGUGUUUGACGCCUGGAGCGGAGACAGGGAGCUAGUCGAAAUGGCGCUGAACGAGCAGUUGCUGUGGAUUCGCAUGUGCACAAAGUGUACGCUGAGUAAGUUCCGGAGGGUGACUAGUGACUGGCGCAGGUGGAUCGUGAGAGAGUCGUUCCAUCGAGUAUAUUGGGGUUGUUUCUCGUUGAUUUCAGACUUCAAUAUGGCGUACGGAGAUAUUACCCCCGAGCCGGUUGUCUCGACCAGACUUUUCCCGCUACCGGAGGCAGACGCGCUUUGGGACGCUGAAGACCCGAGCUCCUGGCAGCAACAGAUAAGGGUAUGCGAAGCGCCGUUGACGGCAGACGUGAUCAUCGCCAAGAUCGUGGGCGAGGUGGAAGCAGGAGGACACCAGCGUGCGCGCGAGAGCAGGUUCUGUGAGGCGUCUGCGUUUGCGACUUGUGUGCUUUUGCGAUUCGUCAUGCAUCAUGUGUCUGCGUCUGAGCAGGUUUUCAAUAGUCAGGUUUUGAGCAAAGGGCUUGAUCCUGAGUGCGAGAAGAUUACGCAGUAUCUGCGCCAGCUUUCGGGUCAGCAGAUCGAUAGACUGCUAGCUGAUCUUUCUAUCCGAUCAAUGAAGUUCACACACUCGCCAACAAAGUUCAGCAUCGAGUCGUUGAUCCAGUCGAUUGAGCUGCGCCGUCGACGGUUGGUGACCUCCAAGAAACUCGGCGUUCUGUGCAGCAUUCUGAUUGAAUCCGAUCGUAACCAGAUCCUUGGCGAUUUUCUUAGCAGCAAGACGAUGAAAUCGGAGCAGGUCUGUCAGGCGGUCACGAUCUGUCUCAAGUACAUCGAGCCGUACGCGGUCUCAGGAACGCGAAUGAGGACGUUCAAAGAGCUCGUGUGUACCUGGGAAUCGGUACUUUUGAUAAUCAUGUGGCUGCGCACGAUGGUGAAUGCUGGCGUUCACACCGAGACCGAACGCUCGGCCGUCGAGCAGGUCAAGCAGACGGUGGCGAAGUUUCCCGCCGAAGCGGGCGUGGUUGAGGACGGUACUGCCGAGCUGGCGAGGCGGAUGGCGAGGGUGUGGAGGCGGGUGUUGCAGGAAACACAGAGUUACGGGACGUCGUAUAUGAUGUUGCAGUUUUUCGAUCAGCUGGCGGAUCUACUGUGAUUUUUUUUGUUCGUUGUUGAUUACUUUUAUCUGAUUUUUGCGUUUAUCAAUGGAGAUACCUGGAUUUUGGGCGCAUGUGGAGCUUCAGGACGGCAAUAGCUGCAUAGCUCAUGUUUACGUUUCAUUCACUA